AAAAGGAAGCCAUGGAUGCAGUACGAAGUGACGGAGUUCGCCUUGUGAGAGAUCUAAUACUCCUGCUCUGCUUAUUGCGCCCCGCUCAGGCUGGACAAUACUGCAGAGGAUCGACCUGCUUCGACAAUCUAGAUGACUUAUCAGAAUUCAGCGCCAAACGUGACGUUUAUUCGGACAAUGUGGAUAGAGUUUGCUAUGCCGACGUCGGCUGUUUCAGCAAGACCGAAGGUCCACUGGCUUUCCUCCAUGCUCUUCCUGACAACCCGGCGUGGAUCAACCCUACGUUCACGCUGUACUCGGAUAAAACGCCGAAUGGAACUGAUAUACACUACAAGGAUCCUGCAACCUUCAUGAAUCUCCGAUUCUUGAACCGUUCUCCCAAAUGGUUGACUUUCGUCGUACAUGGCUUCGGCAGUGGGCCCGGAGCCGAUUGGCUUCAAGGGCUGAAAGACGCUGUUCUCGAUGACAUUGGAGGCUACGUCAUCGUCGUCGGCUGGUCGAAAGGCGCCGAGCUGCCGCACUACCAUAGGGCUGCUGCAAACACGGAUCUCAUUGGGCGUAUGCUGGCACGUCUGGCUCAAAGGUUAAUCAUUAGCUACCCCUCCGGAUUAAGCGCUUCCAGAAUGCAUUUCAUCGGGCACAGUUUAGGCGCUCAGAUGGCUCAUUUCUUCUCCCUGUAUCUCCACGAGAUUUCUGGACUGAAACCCGCGCGGAUAACAGCGCUCGAUGCAGCCGGUCCGGAAUUCGAAGCGAGUGGAGUUUUCGUGAAUCGCAACGAUGCAGACUUCGUUGAAGGUCUGCAUACCUCUGCUGGUCGUUCUCUGAUAUCCGGCGAGCUCGGAAUGAUCGAACCUUUUGGACAUGUCGAUUUCUACGCAAACGGAGGGCAACGACAACCGGGCUGCUCAUCAUUCAAUUACGGAUGCAGUCAUACACGGGCGCACGAGCUCUACAUCGAAUCGCGCAAACGUAGCGGUUGUCGAUUCAUCUCAUACCCCUGUGCGGGUGGUGUGGCUCAAUACGUGCGAAAAAAAUGCAUACAGGAACGAAGCCAGUGGAGCGAAUUUGGCUGGAACACUCCACAGACUCCGGGUCGAGGAGUCCAAUUUUUUGAGACGAAUGAUAGAAGUCCGUUUUGUGAAAGCCCCAAACAGAUCCCGAGUCUUACGCUAUCCAAUACGAAUUUCUGAUGCAUAGUCGAUUCUUAAGCAAAUUGUGCUCAUUGUAUGAUCCAUCUACACAAUCAGAAUUCAUCCCCGAAUAAAACUUUG